UCAUCAUCAAAUCUAUGGUGGCUAAAUUUGUGGCCAAGGAGCAUUCCAAUCGUAAAGGGUCUGUUUUGUUUUGGGUUGAAUAUCGAAUACAAUAUUUCUUGUAAUUUGUCAAUUUAUGGGAAGUGCAGCAGCAGCAGUGUAUUAUCACUCAGGUUUAUGCUGUUGUGGGAGAUCAAGAAGCUCCCAGAUUGUGAGUUGCAGUGGAGGAUUAAGAUGGCAGCUUCUUGAGAAAGUGGACAGAGAGUUAGAACAAGGCAAUGAGAGAUCAGCCUUGUCUCUUGUUAAGGAUGUCCAGGGAAAGCCUCAUGGUCUUCGAUGUUUCGGCGCUGCCCGCCUGGUACCGCAGAGGCUUUACACCUUGGAUGAACUAAAACUGAAUGGCAUAGAGACUUCGUCUCUGCUCUCGCCGGUAGAUACUACACUUGGAGCGAUAGAACGGAAUUUACAGAUUGCAGCUCUUGUAGGAGGCCUUUCGGCAUGGAAAGUAUUUGAUUUUAGCGCCACACAAGUCUUGUAUAUCGCUUUGGGACUGUUGUUUCUAGGGACAUUGGAUGCAGUUUCUUAUAAUGGAGGGAUCACUGGACUUGUACUUGAUACGAUAGGCCACAACCUAAGCGAAAAGUACCAUAAUAGGGUAAUUCAACAUGAAGCUGGCCAUUUCUUGAUUGCCUACUUGAUGGGGGUUCUUCCGAAGGGGUAUACUUUGUCAAGUUUGGAAGCUUUCCAGAAGGAAGGGUCACUUAACGUUCAAGCAGGGACUGCCUUUGUUGACUUGGAGUUUGUUGAGGAAGUUAAUAACGGAAAAGUUUCAGCAACUAUGUUGAAUAGGUUCUCUUGUAUAGCACUAGCAGGUGUUGCAACUGAGUACAUUUUAUACGGCUAUGCAGAGGGAGGUCUUGCUGAUAUAAACCAGCUGGACUCAUUACUUAAUGGCUUAGGAUUCACACAGAAGAAAGCAAAUUCCCAAGUAAGAUGGGCUGUGCUAAAUACAACCCUUCUUCUGCGUCGUCAUCAAGAAGCACGAUCGCAGCUAGCUGAGGCCAUGAUGGAUCGAAGAUCUGUUGGGUAUUGCAUCGACGUGAUAGAAAAUGCCAUACCAGAUGACGAUCUGUAAAUUGAAGAUCCUAGCGGUACAUUCAGCUUCAGAAUUUGACAAACUGGUUCUGUACUUGAUAUGUUUCUUUCUCUAGAGCUAGGUGUUGUAGUUGAAUACACUUGGAACUAGAGCUAUUACAGUUUUUAACUUGAAAUUCUUCACUUGUGUGAAUGGAUGGAUUAUGUCAGCCCAGAAGUAUAAAUGGAAGAAUGAUUUUGUACCA